AGACAUCAUUUCAGUUCAUCGAAUUUAGAGUAUGUGUUGGGAGUUAGCCAAUUCUUAAGAUCAUGCCGAAAAUCCAACACACGAUAUUAUUAUUUUUUACUGGCAUUUAUUCCAUAUCUGAAGUUUUCAGCUCAUGGGAAACGUGUUCAAAAAAUGGAGUUUCAUACAUGUUUGAAGAACAGAAAGUUGAUUGGCAUGAGGCAGAAAGGCGAUGCAAAUUUGCCGGUGGAUCUUUACCUAUUAUUCGGUCGUAUUUUGAUGAGAAUUGUAUCGUUAGGAGGCUAAAACAAAGUGUUGGUCCCUAUUCUAUUGGAGGUACAAAAUCGCCCUCUAGAAAUUGGAUAUGGAUAGAUGACACCCCGAUUACUCAGCCAACAUAUUGGUCUAAAGGUGAACCCAAUAAUGUUGAUGGAAAUGAAAAUUGCUUACACUUCCGGUUGUUUAAUGGAAUUUAUUUUUGGAACGACGUACCUUGUAGUGUGCUUGGUGGUUUUGUUUGCCAAGCCCCAAAAAUUCCAUUUUGUGAAGACUUGCCAAACGUGGAUUGUGUGUCGAGAAUUGAAAACACCAAAGACAUGAUUGAUUCUGCUCUCCAAGGAAAUUUGUCAAAGAAAGAAAUAAAGCUUACGAUAGAUCGUCUGCUUCUAAACUUACAGACACUUUCAACAGACAACGAACAAACUCCCGAAGACUUAGAUAAUUCAAUAGAUUUGCUGAAUAAAAUCGUUGAUGUUUCCAAUAGGUCUAACGUUCCUCUUCCAAAGUCGAUGAUUGUGACAACAAUUGACAAUAUACUGGGAGAAAAUCACACUGCUGCUUGGAAUAACACUUCUACAAAGGAGGCCAGUGCAAGAGUCAAUAAAAUCUUUAAGACCGUGGACAAAAUAGGAUUGAAUCUCUUAGAGACGGUCAGCGAGAACGAAAGCAUCACAUUUAACUCAACAAAAAAUAUUGUUUUCACACUUGCAAAGAUUCCGGCAGAUCAGCCCAUAAUUUUCCCGGAAAACAAUAGCAUCUCAAUUUCAUCGCUAGUGUUUCCAGUACAAGCUAAUGGUUUAAAUCAAAGUAUUCCCUGCCUUGCAGUGAAGUACACAACACUAGCGAAAAAUUUAAAUAACAACAAAAGAGUGAAAGAGAAUUCCGGAUACGAUAUUUAUUCUGAUAUUAUGUCAUUAACACUUAAAGAGCCUUUAUUUGGAGGAACAUUGGACCCAUCAAUUCAUUUGAAGUUCUUAAAACAGGAUUCUCAAAAUUCCCUCAGCAAAUGUGUAUUUUGGGAUUUUAAACACAAUAACGGAACUGGUAGGUGGUCAACACGAGGAUGUAAAUUACUAUCUACAGAUGACCUUUAUCUUCACUGUGAAUGCAACCAUCUGACAAAUUUUGCAGUACUGGUUCGACCAUAUUCAAGGAUAAAAGACGAAGAGGAUGCAUUGAAUUGGAUUUCCAUAAUUGGUUGCUCAAUAUCGGUCUUUCUUUCUUUGCUGACGGCCAUUAUUUACAUCUUUUUCUGGAAAUCUAUUACUGUCAACGUCAACCAAAUAAUAAAUAAGAUCACGGUGUUACUCUGCUUUGGUCUCUCCAUGGCCUAUACAUUAUUUCUAAUUGGAGUUGAUAAAAUACAGAAUGAAGUCGGAUGCACUGUCAUCACAGCACUGCUACACUAUCUUUUCCUGUUCAUUUUCUUUCUAAUGCUGGCCCUUGGGUGUCACUAUUUCAGCAGUAUCUCUCUCGUCAAAUUAUCACUGUCUAAAGCAACAACACUUCAGAGUCAUGCCGGUACAUUCGGUAAAGUAACGUGGGUAGUUGUCACGGUCAUACCACUUAGCAUAACCGCAGAAACUUUCGGAAUCGUAUAUUCCUCGGACAAGGACUAUCAUUCACAAACCAGUUGCUGGUUAUCAUUUGAAAGUGGAGCUUUGUAUGGAUUUAUUGGACCCGUAGCUGCCAUUAUUUUGGUCAAUGUCAUAAUUGUAUUGAGUCUCGUUGUGACUCUAUGUUCGACAAUUUCCUCAGAAGAAGAACUGAAGAAAAGGACAAUAGCCGGAAUAAAGUCCAUCUGUACCCUGUUACCUGUUCUGGGUGUCACGUGGUUGUUUGGUCUUUUGUCAAUCAAUGAUGAUGUGAUAGUGUUUCAGUAUAUAUUCUCCCUGUUAAACUCCUUCCAGGGACUUUUUCUUUUCAUCUCCAAAUGUCUUUUAAACAAAAAGAUCAGAAAGUUGCUAAGCGAACGCAUACACAUAAAAGGUUCAGAAAACUGGAGAAGCAGGUUUUAUACACUAUUGAGCAGCAAUACGAUGUCUAUGAAUACAAAGGAGUUUUCAUCAGUAUCUAGAAUUCAAACUGAUGGAGAAGAAUUAUUCAGUAAACAAAAAGAAGGGGAUUCCAUCAAGGGAAUUUCGUUCACACAGAGAGAGAGUGUCAAUACAGUUCUUUAAAGAUCCAUGUCGAAAAAAUCAAGACAUCUUCAGAGAACUUGGGAUAUUAUUGUCAGCGCCUAAUUAUCAUUAAAUUAUCAUUUCUUUUAUUUGCUUCUUUAAUCACGUAAUUGUAAGAUAUAACAGUACGAUGUCGCAAUCUAAAAGCUUCAGAUUUCAAAUUUAUUUAAAUGAAAUAUUUUUCAUAUUUUACGUAUAUUAUU